AUAACUUCAGCAUUUUCUUAACAUUAAAACAUGUAUUAAUGCAGUGAAAACAUUGAUAUGUAAUAAGCACGACUACAGUGUGAGUAGACUAUAUUUACUUAGUUUAAAGCAUUCCCUAUGGACAGGGAUUCUUUACCGGAGAAAUUACAUUUUCGGCCUAAAGAAAAGAACUCCCCACUGGGUGGUGUGAAGCAACUUUCACUUUUCUGGGUACAACACAAAACCCUUGGUUAGUAACGCAUGUGACUCGCGGAUUAACAACUUUAUUUACUUGUAGAUAAAUCCUAAAUUAGUAAUGGUCACAAAGCUUGCCUUUCAUGUCAUUCAAAUAACAUGUAAAAACAUUUUGGCUUCCUUGUAAAAUAUAAAGAUAUCGCAACUAGUUGUGGAGGCACCUAAAUGCUUUCGUAAGUUAUUAAAGGGGUUUUCUGUCUCUACUUGUUUAGUCUGCGUUAAUGCAUGUUUAAGCUGCACAAUAAUAGAUUGGUAUCUCAAUUCAAAACUCCAAGCAAACAUAAAUUGUAAAUGAUGUUUAUGUGCACGUUUAUUAAUUCUUUAAAGUGCUGCAUUUAAAUCUGCAUUUGUUCGAGGGAUUAAGUUUUUACUCUUUUUAGGUAGUUAAAAAUUUACAAACAAUGGUAAUGAUUAAAAUCACUGUUUAAUGCAACUUGACGCCGUUGAAAGCAAUUACAUCGUUUACCCAGGUAGCGACAAACAACCAUUAAAAUAUGUCACUGAAUAAUUAUCCAAAAAUAAAACAUAUAGUAAUGAAGUUUAUGGAGUGAAUUAAUGAAUCAUUAAUUGAAAAUUAGAUGUGUUGUACAACAUUAUAAUGUUAGUUUUAGACAUUUAUCAUUAUCAGCAAUUGUACUGUAAAUAUUGAAUAUUUUAUUUGUAUAUUCAGCUGGUUAUUGCUUGAUUUAUAUUAAAAUUCCACGUCAUGUUUGUUAAAUCCAAAAGUUAGUUGCAGUAAUGAUUUUGUAAUAAAUGUUAAGCAAAUUACAUUUGUCUCCUCCUUUUUGCUGAUCCAAAAAAUGAUCCGAUCUGGACUCAAAAACCGUAAUGUGAUUUAUAAUAUACUUUAUAACAUAGUAUACUUUUUCCUGCUGCUUGUAAAUUCAAUACAUCCCUAAUAAUUAGUCUUUUGGCGCUUCCCUGUGGUUGUAUUUGGUAGGACAUGGUGACUUCUAUGUCGUUCUAAAAGUUAUGUAUUUUUGCUGCUGUGUCAUUUUGGAAAAUGUUUCUAAUAAUAAUGCUUUAGAGAAUAAUAAUUACAUAAAUAUGUAAAAUUGAAAUACAUAUUAUUUUGUUUAAAAAAUAAAUAACAGCACAAUUUUUCAUGAAGAAAAAGCCAUAUUCAAUCAGAGACUUGAAUGACUGAACUUGAAGACUGUUAAAAAGGACAAUUGGUGCAAGUUUGGAAGUACGGUCUGCACCUUUGAUAGCAAAAAUCAAAAUUGGCACUGCCAGUGCAGUGGUCUAAACAAGAAACCCAGAAUGUGAGUAACUGCUUCAGAAUCCAUUCUUGUUAUAAUACAACUUUUAAUGAUAUACGUAAACAUGGAAGCAAACAGUUUACAUAUAAUUUUGUACUGUACUCAGGUUGUGACUUUGACGACUUACACAUUCAUUUUAUGGUACAGAGAGCAUCGGACUUCAGGAAAAAUUUCAGAUUCACAUCUGAAAAUUUUAGAGAAUGAUGCGCAAAAAAUUCUUUGCCCAAGAAUUGUUUGGACAGGACAAACACCAGAGACAGGAUGCCACUUCAUUCUUUGGGUUUUUGACAAGACAGAAAAACAAAUAAGGAUUUACCAUAACACCGAACAUUACAUUAGCAUUUCAGCCUCAGACAUGAACAUUCUGAGAGAUGCCUUUCGAAAUACAGACUCCCUGGAUGCGUGGACUGUGUGCAGUCUUCGGGUUUACCAUGCCUCCCGUUUGGUUGAAAAUCUACAUAUUGGGGAAUUACAACCUAAGAAAACAGUGCAUAAAGCUGUAAACACAUGUAUGGCCCAGGACUUUGAUGUUUGCAUAUUUCAAAAAAUCCGGACAAAAACAAUGCAUCCAGAUGUCAAAUCACUGCAAUGGAUUCAGUGCGACAGCUGUAAUAAAUGGUUGCACUAUAAGUGCGCUGGUAUUGAUCCGGUAGUGGUCACAGACGACAUGCCAUUCAACUGUGGAUUGGAUAUUGUUCAACCAUGUCCUUAUGAGAAGUUCCGUUCAUUGGUCUAUUCAGCUGUCAUUUCUCAUUUCUCCCCCGGUUACGUCAUUCUUACGUCACAUCCAAUAAGCAAAGACCACCCAUCAUAAAAGCGCGCGUCAGACCACUCACCAGCCCUCUCUUUUCCCUUUCUUAUCUUGUUUUCUUGUUGCGUUGCGUUACGAAAAGAACCAGUCUAACUGUGUAUUUUGUUGUUGCCCGUUUCUGUGUGCACGUUAUCCGUCCGUUAUUCGUAUAUCACUCCAUUUCUCUGUUUACGUUGUUUACGAGGCUUGGACGAAGCAGACAGGUAAGAAGGUCACGUGACAUACAUUUUGCAACACUUAGUACUACUCUUCUGUAUAGUACAUUAGGUUAGGGGCGAGCGCCACCCCUUGUACUUUUGGAUAGAUAGAUAGAAUAGACAGUCAGGACUCGGAAGACUCUUCGCGUGCUAAUUAUUUUGUCUUCACUUAGUUAGCUAGAUGCUUCUGGAAAGUUAGAUUUAGUUUGGGUUUUGUUCUUUUCGUUUCCUUAGCGCCGCCCACGUCCCUUCUGCCAGCUCUCCUGUUUUUCCCCGUCUUUAUAUUUGUCUCA